CAAUUUUAGAAAUUUUAUAUUUUGCCUGUCUCUUUAGUCUUUAACAAUGACCUGUAAAACACAACCUGUAUCCAUCCCAUAUGAAAAGAAAGAAAUCCAGGGAUAUGUCACAACUGUUUCAAACCCGGUAACUGGUAUCAUUCUAACUCAUGGAGCUGGAGGAGACGCCAAUUCAGCUAACCUCGACAUUCUGGCAGAUCAUCUUGCUGAUAAGGGAUUCCUGGUGCUGAGGUUCACUUGUAAAGGAUUGAAUAUCAGAUACCGGGUCAAAGUCUUCAAGGCUGUCUUGGAAUGGUUUAGAAAAGCAUAUCCACUUACUAGCUGCUUUUUGGCAGGUCGCUCCAUGGGAUCCCGUGCUGCAGUGAUAACAGCAAAUGAAACAAUUGGGGACACAUUCAUUCAAGGAGUCAUCUGCUUGGCGUAUCCUCUACAGAAAUCACAGAAUGAUGUCAGCAAAGACCGAGAACAACCACUAAGGGAUCUAGGCUGCCCAGCCUUAUUAAUAAGUGGUUCGCUAGAUGACAUGAUGUCACAAACCAGAAUCAAAGACAUCAGCAGAGACAAUGAUAAAUUGGAGAUAUUUUGGGUUGAUGGAGCAGGUCACUCUUUGAAAAAGAGAAAAAACGAUAUGUCAUCAGUGACUUUAGUGAACGAGACAAUGUCAGCUUGGUGUAAGAAGAUCACAGGGGCAAAACCAGAAAACAGCGUGUCAGUGGAUAAUGGAAUUACCAAAGGCAAACUUAAAAUUUCAGUCGAGGUUUUGCCUGGCAAACAGAAAAGGAAAUUUGAUUCUCUUGCAGACAGGAAAGUACAGAGGAAAAGAAAAAGAUGAUUCGAGUUUUCUAACACGUUUGGUGUCCAGGAUACCAUUGUGAUGUACUUGGCUACAGCACCACAAUGACUUGGUCAUCAAAUCUUGGACUUGGACCAAAACCCUAUCAAACACUGCCAACAGCCUUCAUUCACAAGGUUCAAAAUUAGUUAAUCAAUAAUGUAUUUGUUCAAUCUUGAAA